CUCUGCUACCUCGUCCAGGAUCCUCCGAUGCUUGGCUUUCCGAUGACCGUCGCUCGCGUCCUCUCGCUCUCUUCCGUUUGCGGUCGCCGGAACUCCACCGCUGCUUCUACUUCUCUUCAGUCCCUUUGCUCAGAGUCGACGGAACUCCCUCCUCUCCUCAACACCACGAUUUCGGUGAUUUCAGGUCCUCCUCCUUCUGGUUAUGAAACGGCCAAAACCAACAAACAAGUCAAGCACAAAACCAAGCUUCUCAACUCCACCGAGCUCAGCAGUAGAACCAGCAAGAAUGCCAUCGUCAUCAGAGGCCAUGAAACGAAUUUUCAAGAACAACACUUCUUGGUUUCUACCUGCCAUAUCGGUUUUCAUACUCAUCUGAUCAUAGAACUUCAACCGGGUUAUGUUUUUCUCACUCUUGGUGGUACAUUGAGAUGGUAA